AUGGCGAGAUCCGCCCGUCAGAGAUAUGCUGAGAUCUUUCGAGAUGUGGAGGAUCUGAUCCUGGACCACAUCAAUCGCCAAUACACGUCCCAUCCCAACUCCAAGCUCAACAUGUUGGUCCCUACAAUCUCACCGUUCUUCACACCUCUUGCUCUCGAAGACGCCUUCUACCAUCAAGACUCCAUCCGGGCGAUCUCUUCGAGACGGUUUGUCGCCCCGUCGUUCAAUGAUGUCAGGCUGAUCCUCAAUACCGCGCAAAUCCUGGCCAUGAUCCAACCGAAGCCGUAUCGCUUUCUGAGACCCAAGAUCAGUCCGGGGCUGGAGCUACUCACUUUCGAUGGUGAUGUGACUCUUUAUGAGGACGGGGCAUCCCUCCAUUCGCCCGAGUCGGAUCCGGUCAUUCUCCGCCUGCUACAUUUCUUGUCCCAAGAUGUGCGCAUCGGCAUCGUCACAGCUGCAGGCUAUACGCAGCCGAAAAACUACUUUGAUCGACUGUCUGGUCUGCUCCUCGCUAUUCGAUCAUCGACACAGCUGACCUCCGCCCAAAAGACCAAUCUCAUCAUCAUGGGCGGCGAAUCCAACUUUCUCCUGGUCUUUGACGAGCAAGCCGAAUACUGUCUACGAUAUAUCCAUCGACGGGAGUGGGUGCUGGAUGCCAUGAAGGACUGGUCUGAGCCGGCAAUCCAGUCACUACUCGACGUGGGGGAAGCGGCGUUUCACUCUUGUAUACGCACGCUACAUCUACAAGCCAAGGUGCUCCGGAAAGAACGGGCGGUGGGGAUAUACGCCGCCGACCAGUCCAAGAAACUCACCCGCGAGCAACUGGAAGAGACGGUUCUAGUGGUGCAGCAAAUGGUGGUGAGUUCCCUGUCCACAAGAGGCUCGGAGCAACCGCCACCUCACGCGCACAUCCCGUUUACCGUAUUCAAUGGAGGCGCGGAUGUUUUCCUCGAUGUCGGCGAUAAAUCGAUGGGAGUUCAGUCGUGCCAGAAGUGGUUUGGCGGGAUCCCGCCGUCUAGCACUCUCCAUGUCGGUGACCAGUUCUUGAGCGGCGGCGGGAAUGACUUCAAAGCGCGAAGUGCGUGUUGUUGUGCGUGGAUUGCUAAUCCGGCCGAGACAGUGGCCUUGUUGGAUGAGAUGAUAGCUCUGGGAGACAGACAACGAGGGAGUGAGGGAUGA